UACACAAAUAUAUAUACACAUUUCACCCAUAGGUUAGAGUGUACAAGGUGGAAAAUUGGUCAAUGUGCCCUUGAGCAAGGCAUUUAACCCUAAUUUGCUCCAGGGGCGCCGUACUAUUAUAGCUGACCUUGUAAAACAACAAUUUUCACUGCACCUAUCCGGUGUGUAUGACAAUAAAACAUUUUUUUUAAAUUCAUUCUGUUUAACCUUUACAUAAGAGAGAAAACAUGUAGCUCGCCAAAGUAAUACAGACAGAGAUGUUUAAUUAUAUGACGAAGGGAAAUCUCCAUGUAUGUUUUGCAGCUGACAUGAAAAGAAUGAUGACCCCCCCGGGCGAUGACAGUGACGUCAGCGAUCAGCGCCACCCCAUGAAGACACGCUGCGCUGGUGGCCAGGGAGGAGACAGCCCCGGCAUGGACCCGAAAAAAUGGAUCACCUUCAAAGACCUCCAUGACCAGGUCACGCAGCUGCUCUCCACUAAGCUCCACCCCUGUAACAUCAAGCAGUGCAAGUCCAAACUGGACAUCCUCAAUAAGUGCUCCUAUUACCUGGAGGUCAUGCGCCAGGACACACUCCACCAACCAGACCCGCAGCAGCAGCAGAACUACCUGUCCAACUCCACCAUCCUCCACCUCAUCGAUCCCUGGAAGUUCCAGCGGAUGAAGAAGCUGGGCCACAGCCAGGUGCAGAUCCAGCUGAGCCUGCUGGAGGAGCUCUACGAGCAGUUCUGUAAGGGCAAAGUGGAAAUGGAGGCCAUAGCCAGCCAGAGCGACUAUGGCGAUCAAGAGGUCGCCCACAUAAAUGGGAGGAUAGCGCAUCUCAUGAAGGCGUUCACGGACUUUGACUCGACACUGAUGCCCGGGGAGCUGCACACAAAGCACCGGCUCAUCUCUGAGACGGGCAACGCCAAGGUGCCCCAGAUUCAUUUGAGGCUGUCCGUCAAAAUGCCCGUGAUGUUCGACACGUCACGCUCGGAGGCUCUGGCCGACUGCGCCCGGCUGCACUGGGAAAUGGCCGGGCAGGAGCAGCAGGAGCCUGGGGAACAGUUUGAGAUCCGCUACAAGCUCCUCCAGCCGACCAACACGGAGGAAGGGAACCAGCUAGGAACGGUGACCUGCAACUCCUACUGCAUACAGGUCAACAACCUGUUGCCGCAAAGGUGCUACGAGUUCACAGUGAAGCGGGCUGACGCCUGCUGCCUGGUCUACGGGUUCUGGAAUGACACCAUGGUGCUCAGAACCAUGCCACUAUCCCCAGGGGGCUUCACCGGGAGCCAGGAGAAGAGGAGGAGGCUGUUCCCCUGGUAAUGGGCUAGCGUGGCGUGAGUGC